AGGUGGACGGCGAAGAUGAAGGCGUUCCUGAUGGUGGCGGCGGUGGUGGGGGUGGUGGCAGGACAGAUAAAAUUCCCUGGUGAGUGUGUUUGUAUGUUUGUUCAAGUGUGCGGCAAGCCCGGCGGCGGCGGCGGGGCAUGUGACUGUCAGCCCAUCUCCGUCUGUGCCAUCUCCUUCGAUUCGGUUCAAGCCAACUGUCAGCUCGGUGAUGGCAGUGAGGGCGUGUGCUGUCCCCAGGAAUCCGCUGAUGCCGCGGCUGCCAGACCCGCGGCCUCCGCCGGGGCCGAGGCGGGCAUGGUCAACGUGAAUGUAAGGACGCAGUUCACUGAGCCGCUGGUGCCAGUGUCCCAGAGCGAGUUGGCUACGGCGAGUCAGGCGGGCACCUCAGCGGUGAGCAGCCUGGCCACCCUUGAGCAAAGCAUGGUCCAGGAGAACAGAUUCGUGAGGAGGGGAACACCGGCGUCGGGUCAUCUGCACCAGUCACGCAUCAGCCAGGGCGCGAGGAACAUGGACAAGAGGGCCUGGGCCAUCGUGCAAGCCUCCACCUCCGUGAUGGGCGACCUCAACCUCGCUCCUCGUGCAAGUGGCCUGGGGCUCCGGAAUGUGCUUGUGUCCGAGUCGCCGCUGCGAGAUCAGUGUCCCACGGCGGUGAGUUGCGGAAACCCGAGCUCCAAGUUCCGCACUGCCGACGGCUCCUGCAACAACCAGGCCAACCCGGAGUGGGGCAAGAGCAACACCCCUGCCCAGAGGGUCCUCCCGCCCACUUAUGAUGACGGUCUGGUAGCGUUCCGCACCCUCGCAAGGGACGGCUCGAGGCUGCCUAACCCGCGUAACAUCAGCAGCACCAUCCUAGUUGACAUUGACAAGCCCGACGCGACCUUCACGCUGUCGGUGAUGCAAUGGGCGCAGUUCAUGGACCACGACUUCGCGCACAUCCCAUUCCCUUCCCUUCCUAACAAUGAAGGCAUCGAGUGCUGCUCCAGCGAUCCCAACUUCCCAAAGCACCCUCGCUGCAUGCCCAUUGACCUCACCGGGGACAGGUUUUACUCGCAGUUCGGCAGGACUUGCAUGAACUUCGUCAGGAGCAUGUUGGCUGUCGGUCCUGGCAGGGCGUGUACUUUUGGAUUUGCAGAACAGUUGAACCAGCUGACCCACUGGAUCGACGGCUCCAUGGUGUACGGAUCGACAAUUGCGAUGCAACGCGCCCUCAGAACCAUGCAGAACGGCCUGCUCUCCACCUCUGCCGGCAACAUGCUGCCGUUCAACCCCAACCAGGGCAGGGGGUGCGAGGCCGGGCUCCGCAACGCAAAGUGCUUCCUUGCAGGAGACUCACGAGUCAACGAGCAGCCGACCCUCACCGUCAUACACACGCUGUGGAUGCGCGAACACAACCGCGUCGCCACCGCGCUGCAGAGGAUCAACCCGCAGUGGAACGACGAGAAGGUGUUCCAUGAGGCGCGGCGCAUCGUGGUGGGCGAGAUCCAGCACAUCACCUUCAACGAGUGGCUCCCCAUCAUCGUGGGUCCGAGGUUUGUGCGCGCCUUCGGGCUCACAGUUCGUCGUCGCGGCUUCAGCAACGACUACAACCCGACCAUCAACCCCAACAUGAACAACGAGUUUUCGACGGCUGCCUUCCGCUUCGGUCAUUCCCUGGUGCAAGGAACCCUGGCUCUCUUCUCCCAGAACGGCCAAGUCAGCACGGUGCAGCUCAGGAACAACUUCAACUCCCCGCACCUCAUCCAGAACGAGGGCCGCUUCGAUGACUUGGUCCGCAGUCUCGUCCAAUUCCCCUCCCAGACCUUCGAUAACUUCGUGACCUCAGACCUGUCCAACCAUCUCUUCCAGACGCCAGAGUUCCGCUUCGGUAUGGACCUGAUGAGUCUGAACAUCCACCGCGGACGUGACCACGGCAUCGCCACCUACAACUCCAUCAGGGAGGUGUGUGGCCUGCGUCGCGCCAGGGACUUCGCCGACCUCCAGGACCAGAUCAUCCCACGCAUUAUCCAGCGCCUCCAAAGUCUGUACAGGAGCGUGGACGACAUCGACCUCUUCGUGGGUGGAAUGUCCGAGACUCCCCUGAGGAGGAGUCUGCUGGGCUGGACUUUCACGUGCCUCGUCGGGGACCAGUUCGCGCGGCUCAAAAAGGGCGACAGAUUCUUCUACGACCUCGGAGGACAGGCGGGGUCUUUCACGGAGCCCCAACUGAACCAGGUCCGCCGCACCUCCUGGGCUCGCAUUCUCUGUGACAACUCGGAACUGGCCGCCGUACAGCCCCUCGCCUUCCAGCUGCCCACACACCGCUUCAACCGCCCUCGCCCCUGCAACAGCUUCAGCAUUCCUCAGGUGGACUUGAGUGCCUGGCGUAACUAGGACCUCUGCAGAAGCCGCCUGAAACCCCUAUGAAGCUCCUGCAGAGACAAGAAAGGGAUACGGAUGCUCGGAAGUUCAUCUGCACCACACUGAAGAGGAACUGAACAACAACAACAACAACAACACGACGAUUUGAAGUAUUUGUGGUGAUUGGUACUCAACAACAACAACAACAACAACAUUCACACUGCUUGAAUAUGUUUUGUCUCGUUGCCUCCUGACCUUUUCUCGUUUUUUUUUUCUUUUUCUGACCUCCCCUUUCUGUGCCCUCUCUCUCUCUCUCUCUCUCUCUCUCUCUCUCUCUCUCUCUCUCUCAGAAGUAUAAAAAAAUAAAUGAACAUAACCAGCACAUUUGACACACACACACACACACACACACACACACACACACACACACACACACACACACACACACAGUAAAAAAAAAAAAAGUAUAUGCCUCUAAUGAAUAACUUUUUACUUAACGAUUUAAAUUAGUUACGAGUAAGUGUCGUAAGUCUUGUCAUUGUCACGAGUUGCCUGUAAAAGAAGAAAAAAAGUCAUUCGUGUGUGUGUGUGUGUGUGUGUGUGUGUGUGUGUGUGUGUGUGUGUGUGUGUGUGUGUGUGUGUGUGUGUGUGUGUGCACUUUUGAUUUGUGAAGAAAGAAAUAAAAUAAAUGAGGAUGAACUGUUUUAUACACGUGUUUGUUACAUUAUUUAUAUCUCCUUUUCUUACCCCAGUACUUUUUUUUCUCUUGCAAAAACAACUGGCCUUAGAAAAUAUCAACAAAGUGUCUUCCAUGGUUCCUGCUGCAAAUCAUCUCUAUGUCGACGGAUCCCUGCAGGCUGAUGGCAGCGCGGGGUACGCCGUUUACUCUCCUGAUGUGUACCCACCUACGGGAGGCUGGGUCGGCCACAGACUAUGCAACUCAUCAAGUUCAACCUACUGUGAGUUACGCGGGAUUCUGGAAGCCGUUCGUCUCUUACUUCAGGGAAGACUGAAUGGUGUUGUCAUCUGUGACUCUCAGCCUGCCCUUCUAGCCCUUUUAUCUCCACAACCCACGUGCUCUGAUGUAGUUCAACAAUAUUACAGCAGUUAGUGUUAGCUUUUGAUAACUCCCUCAUCGUUACGUCCCUAUGGAUUCCUUCGCAUGUUAGUAUUACAUCCAAUGACACUGUGGACCUCAUCGCGAAACAUGCCUGCAGACUACCUCCUCCUGCUAAUGCUAGACCAUCUCUCCGCUGUUACAAAAAGACGAUCCAUAAAGCCGCUCAUCUCACUACACUCCAACGUAGGGACUCAGAACGGACGCAGAGUGUUUUCAUUUAGCACUACGACCACUUCCGUCAAUCACCUCCCAAGUAUCGCCGGCAUGGACUGAAGAUUCGCAGGCACAAUGUUGUGACUGCUCGUCUUCGUCUGGGCUAUCGUCCGGUGUAGCAAGUCUGUGAAGCUGGGGACACUCCUCACUACUCCGCCUGCAAGCUGUGUGGCCUUCCCAACGCCAACCACCUCCAGCACUACUGCCUUGAGUGUCCUUCAGUCAGGGAUCUGCUGCCCCAGGGACAGUCAGUGACCGACACCUGUAAAUAUCUCCUCACUGCCAACCACUUAGACAUUGUUUUGAUGCAACACCCACACUAUUGGUAGGAUAUGUGUUCUUUUCAUAACGUUUUGAGAUAACGUUUUACACCUUAUUUAUGCUUUUGUGUGAGCUCUUUAUGCUUUUCUCUAACCUCCAAUUUAGCUGCUAAAUGUAAAUAGUGCCAGACUUCAUAACCGUAAAUAUGAUUGUCGCCCCAUGGGUGUAAUAAACUUAUCAAAUCAAA